AUGUCGACACUCCUCCCCCCCAAAGCCAAGCGCGUAAAGCGCGAAGAACUGCAGCGCGCACGGGAACAACAGGCACCAGACCUGGUCCCCGACGAUGUGCCAAAUGUCGUUAUACAACUGCGCGCAUCAGACACCGGCACGCAGCUGGGCGGAGAGUUGCACAUCCCCGGCAAUGCGAGCGCGCAGCAGCUGGAUCAGCUUGUUAACAAGCUUUUGGGGAGUGAAGAUGAUAAAGUUCCGUAUACCUUCUCGCUCCUCUCGAACCCUGCGGACCCGAAUUCGGCGGUGAUAGAUAUUGCCACCGACCUGUGGAGCGCUGUGUUGAAGCCGGGCCACAAGUCGACGGAAGACGUGCUCACGCUGGUAUACACCCCGCAAGCGGUGUUCCGGGUGCGUGCUGUGUCAAGGAGUUCGGCGGCGAUCGUCGGGCAUGGAAACGCCAUCCUUACUACGCAGUUCUCUCCGGCGUCGAGUAGUCGCAUGGUUACGGGCAGUGGGGACGGCACGGCGAGGAUAUGGGAUUGCGACACCGAGACACCGAUGCAUACAUUGAAGGGCCACACGAACUGGGUGUUGGUCGUCAGCUGGUCGCCGGACGCAGAACUGGUCGUAACGGGGAGUAUGGACAACACCGUACGCAUGUGGGAUCCGAAGUCAGGCAAGCCCCUCGGCGACGCCAUGAAAGCCCACAGCAAAUGGAUCACGGCGAUUGCGUGGGAGCCGUACCACCUGCAACAGCCGGGCACGCCGCGCUUCGCCAGCUCUAGCAAAGACACCACGAUCCGGGUGUGGAACGCCACGCUGCGACGAGUCGAGUUCUGCCUCGCCGGGCACACCGCCGCCGUCACCUGCGUCAAAUGGGCCGGUGACGGCCGGAUCUACUCCGCGUCGCAAGACAAAUCCAUCCGCAUCUGGGACCCCACCAGCGGCCGCUGCCUCCACACGCUCACCGCCCACGCCCACUGGGUCAACCACAUGGCGCUGUCGACCGACUUCGCGAUCCGCACCGCGUACCACGACCACCUGGGGCCCAAGACCAUCCCCUCCACGUCCGCCGAGCGCAUCCAAAAAGCGCACGACCGCUUCACCGCGGCAGCCACCAUCGGCGGCGAGCUCGUCGAGCGCCUCGUCACCGCGUCCGAUGACAACACGAUGUACCUCUGGGAGCCGUCGUCGAGCCUCAAGCCGCUCGCGCGGCUCCUCGGACACCAAAAGGCCGUCAACCACGUGUCCUUCUCCCCGGACGGCCGCAUCAUCGCCAGCGCCUCGUUCGACAACAGCGUCAAGCUGUGGUCCGCCCGCGACGGGAAAUACAUCACGACCCUGCGCGGCCACGUCGCCCCCGUCUACCAGUGCGCGUUCUCGGCGGAUAGCAGGCUGCUCGUUAGCUCGAGUAAGGACUCGACGCUGAAGGUCUGGGACGUCAAGACCGGCAAGCUGCAUACUGACCUCCCGGGCCACCAGGACGAGGUCUUUGCUGUCGAUUGGUCGCCUGAUGGCGCCAAGGUCGCCAGUGGAGGGAAGGAUAAGGCUGUUAGGUUGUGGAAACAUUGA